AUGGCUGACACACUCGCGACGGGCUCAUCAGCUGACCUGGACGGCAAUCUCGAUCCUUCGCUUGCUUCGUACACUCCCUCGCUCCGCCUGCCUGACUUAGGCGUACCGACGCGAGCAGCGUUCGAAGCCGCGACUGACAACUAUAUCGCUGGCUUGCACGCUACGAAGCAGACCAAGACAGUUCUCCAGCAAGACAUGUACGACUUCAUUCUGCGAGCGCUCAGCAAUCCUUCCGACACCUCGAACGGGACAGCCAUCGAACGACACUGGGUUCGGGAGAAUUUCAAGCUCGGCAGCCUCAACGGCGAACCCGUACCGCUGCGCAAGUCGCGGAACAACACACCUUGCGCGUCUCGCGGCAUGAUCUAUGAUAUUAUAGUCGACUCGCACGUCGUGACAAGUCACGGAGGACGCGACAAGACGUUCAACCACGUCAAGGAUCGCUGGUCAUGGAUCCCCAAAGAACUUGUGGCCAUCUUCGUCCGACUAUGUCCAACUUGCGCGCAGAAAGUACCAACGCCCGUCAUGCGAGCUCCCGCCGCUCGGCUGCCGCCGAUCCGUUCGUUCGAGUCCGCUUCUGCAGUCUUCUCCUGCGACGCCCGAGACGUAUCAAUGCUUCCGCAGAGUGAUGCUCAGUGGGCGGACGACCCGCGUAGCCCGUCAACGGCGGAUCUGGCGGCCCUCCUCGAUUUUUCGCAGCGUCCUGCCCCGGGUCAUCCUCCUCUGCCUAGCAAUUCCCUGUCCGGCACCAUCUCCCAGACCGGCUCAGUCCCCGUCAUCCCCGACAUUGUCGUCGAUUCACGCGCUCCUUUCCCGCCGAAUCCACCUGUCUUCCCGAACUUCGGCAGGGAUCUCCUUCUUGAUUCGCACUCGACUUAUCCUGCCUUCUCCGGCGCCUCUCCUUGUCUGAUCGGUAUUGCAGUGCCAGACGGUGCAGCGGCCACGGAAGCUAGGGGCGACUUGAACCUCCUCGACCGGGUCAAGCGCCUCCCUUGUCAUACGGAUGUGUCCGACUUGAACUUUGAGGCAAUGAACGCCACGCCUCACUAG